AUGCGUCCUCUCGCGUCCUCUCGGGCGCCCUAUGGCUUUCUCACCUCCAUCCUUGUCGUCUUUCUCUUCCACAUCGCCUCGGGCCUCGCCUCGACCACUACGCCGGCCGCCCCCAGCACCACCAGCAAUGGACGCCUCGCCGACACCACCAGCUCCGACGCCCAGGCGCUCGUCGACAAGGCCCUCAGUGUUCUAGCCGUGGUCAACAAGGACCGCGUCGAGAAUCCCGUCUUUAACGAGAACAGCCGCGAGGACCCGGACGAGGAGUAUAAGCCGGCCCCGCUGCUCGACUAUGACGCCGAUCCCGAGUCCAUCGCCGCCGCCGCGUCCACCUCGUCCCGUGUGCGACGCAGCGAGAAUGCCACCACUCUCGGCAGCUAUCGCAUCCCCAAGGAGCUCGCCGAGGCUGCCGCAGCCGUCGCCGAGUCCACGCCGCAGAUCCCCGAGGGCGACCACGAGAAGGUCGCCGCUCGCAUGCGCACCAAGUACACACCGGAUUUCCUCAACGACACCAACGCCGCCGCCGAGCUGCAGGCUCCCGAGGGCCGCCUGUCCGUCUUCGCCGGCGACGCCGCCAACGAGAAGCGCGCCUCGGGCUACUGGCUGAUCGAUGACCAGCAGUUCCCCGGCCAGAGCCCCUUCUCGCCGUCGGGAUACCAGGUCUGGCGCAAUGUCAAGGACUUUGGUGCCAAGGGCGAUGGCACGACGGAUGACACGGCAGCCAUCAACAAGGCUAUCUCGGACGGCGCUCGUUGUGGAGAGGAGUGCAAGACGAGCACUAUUGCGCCGGCGGUGGUCUACUUCCCCCCAGGCACCUAUCUCGUCAGUGGAUCGAUCAUCCAAUACUACAACACCCAGUUCCUCGGUGAUCCCAUAAACGUCCCCACCAUCCUGGCCGCGUCCAGCUUCGUCGGCCUCGGCGUCUUCACCUCCAACAAGUACAUCGCCGACAACGUGGGCUGGUACCUCAACACGGCCAACUUCCUCCGCAGCAUCAAGAACUUCAAGAUCGACAUCCGCCUCACCGACCCCUACGCCUACGUGUGCGCCAUCCACUGGCAGGUCGCGCAGGCCGCGUCGCUCGAGAACAUCGAGUUCUACAUGCUGUACAACUCGGACGUGCCGCACAGCACCCAGCAGGGCAUCUACAUGGAGAACGGCUCCGGUGGCUUCCUGGCGGACCUGACGUUUGUGGGCGGCAACUUUGGCGCCUACUUUGGCAACCAGCAGUUCACCACCAGCCACCUCAUCUUCGUCAACUCCAAGAUAGCCCUCCAGGUGCACUGGGACUGGGCCUGGACCAUGCAGGACUUUGUCAUCGAGGGCUGCGAGAACGGCCUGAUCAUCACCGGCGGCGCCGGCGGUGCCCACAGCACGGGGCAGGGCGUGGGCUCGCUCAUCCUGAUGGACACCAUCAUCGCCAACACGCCCAACGGCAUCGUCACAUCCCUGCACGCCGAAAACUCAACCUCGUUCCUGCUACAGAAUGUCGGCUUCUUCAACGUCCAGACGGCCGUCUCGGACAGCUUCGCGCAGAAGACGCUGCUCGCAGGCGGCAACGAGGUCUACGUCGAUAGCUGGGGGUUCGGCCGCAUCGCCAACAAGGAUGGCGCCAGCACCUUUGUCAACGGCGCCGCGAUCCCCGUCAUGAACCGCACCGAGGAGCUGACGGGCGUCCAGAACGAUAAGAUGAAGCCCAAUCUCUUCACGCGGCGCAGGCCAAAGUACUAUGACGUCUCCUCGGGCAAGGUCAUGAACGUCCGGGCUCUCGGCGCAAAGGGCGACGGCAAGACGGAUGACACAGCCGUCCUCAACUCCAUCCUAUCGGGCGCCGCUAAUACUUCAUCGAUCGUCUACUUUCCCUUUGGCGUGUACAUUGUCAAGGAUACUCUGCGCGUGCCCAUGGGCUCCCGCAUCAUCGGCCAGGUCUGGUCGCAGAUCAUGGGCACCGGAGCCAACUUUGAGGAUGAGUCCAAGCCGCGGCCUGUCGUUCAGGUCGGCCGGCCUAGCGAUCCACCGGGCAUCAUCGAGAUCCAGGAUAUGAUGUUCACCGUGUCCGGACCGACGGCCGGCGCGGUGCUGAUGGAGUGGAACGCGCAAGAGUCCAGCAAGGGCUCAGUGGGAAUGUGGGACUCACACUUCCGCGUCGGGGGCGCCAUCGGAUCCAAUCUUCAACAAGAGACGUGUGCAAAGAAGAGCGGCUCCGUCAACCCCGACUGCAAGGCGGCCUCGAUGCUACUGCACCUCAAGCCCGAGUCGACGGCAUACCUAGAGAACGUCUGGGCCUGGGUGGCCGACCAUGACCUCGACAAGUCGGAUCGCCCCCAGAUUGAUAUCUACGUCGGCAGAGGCAUCCUCAUCCAGAGCAAGAAGGCCUGGCUCUGGGGCACCGCGUCGGAGCACUGCGCGCUGUACCAGUACCAGGUGUCCGACGCAACCAACAUCGUCAUGGGCAUGAUUCAGACCGAGUCGCCGUACUACCAGCCCGUCCCCGUGGCGCCUAAGCCCUUCCGCACCGGCAUCUUCCCGGACGACCCGACCUUCAGCGACUGCAAGGCCGACGACGUUCGCUGCUACUCGUCUUGGGCGCUGCGCGUCGUCGAUUCCACGGCCGUCUACAUCCUGGGCGCCGGCCUGUACUCGUGGUUUAGUGACUACAGCCAGACCUGCCUCGAUACCAACGACUGCCAGCGGCGCGGCGUCGAGAUCCAGCAGAGCGCGGACCUGUGGAUCUACAACCUCUGCACAAAGGCCAUCCUCGAGAUGGUGACUCCGACAGGCGGCAUCGCCACCGCCGCCGCCGACAACAUGAACGGCUUCCUGUCGUCCAUCCUGGCCUGGCUCGAGGGCUCCGAGGAGACAUCUGGCCGGCGCGUCUUCCCCGGCUUCCCCGUCUAUACGCUCGACGGGCUGCGCAACCAGGUGCUACCAGACCCGUGCAAGACGGCCCUCUCGGCCAAGGUGCUCUGCGACUACUGGGUGCAGUCCUUUGCUGAGCCGGCGUACCACGGCAGCCUGGGCAACGCCAGCUUGACCGACUCGGUGUGCGACGAGGGCUGUGGCGAGUCGCUGCGCAGCUGGUUCACCAACGUCAACACCAACUGCGAGGGCUACACCGUCGCUGGGGACAUUCCCACCCUGUACGGAGGGCGGAUGUGGGCUGGGUACAACGGGACGUGUCUCACGGAUCCCGAGACGGGGAAGUACUGUAACGACAUCAUUGCCGAAUUCACCACCGUCAGCUCCAUCGACGACAUGCCCCAGGCCGAAAUGUGCUCCGACUGCUACGUCAACCGCCUCGCCAUGAUGCAGGCUUCCUCCUACACCGUGUACAACAACAAUUACAAGAGCGACCUGGAGCUCGUGUACAAGACGUGCGGCCACACGGGCAACACGACCGUUCCGCCGCCCAUCACCUCCACGCCCGAGCAGUCCACCAUGUGCGUCUCGGACGAGUGGUACACGGUGGGAUCCACGGCCGAGACGUGCGAGGACGUGGGCUUCCUGAACAACGUCUCGACGGUGGCGCUGUACACGACCAACCCGGACAUCUUCGACUGCAGCAGCAUCCCCUCGGGUACUGAGCUCUGCCUGCCCCUGUCCUGCGGCAAGCUCAUCUCUUAUACCGACAACGACACGUGCGCAGGGCUCGAGGCCAGGCACGACCUGACAUCCGGCGACAUCCGGCGCUUCAACCCGUGGGUGUACUUCGACUGCAGCAACCUGGGCGGCGCGUCCAGCUUCUUCGGCAACAUCCUGUGCGCCGCGCCGCAGAACGGGCUGUACACGGCCAAGGGGCCCGGCAGCAGCGGCGACAACACCACGCCCGGGGGAGCCUCUGGCUAUACCUUCACGCCCGUCGAGGCGCCCGCGAACUCGACCGUUGCCGACGGGACCACGACCAAGUGCGGCAAGUGGCAUGUGGUACAGGAGGGCGACUCGUGCGUGAGCAUCUGCCUCUCGUCCGAGAUUGACAUUGCGCUGCUGCUCGAGGUGAACCCCUCGCUGGGCACCGAGUACAUCCAGUGCACGCCAAACCUGGAACUGGGGAACGCGUACUGCACAGGGCCCAACUAUGACUGGGACGUGACGGACGAGCUGUAA